AGCCAUUGCUUGCCUUGCCUACUCUACACCCCCAAAACCAACAAAAGAAAAAAAAAAACAAAAGGGAAAACCCUCUGCAGAGAGCCUGAGAAGAAAGAGCCUUGAGAAGCAGAACCAAAUCCUUUCCUUUGCCUUCACGCCUUCUAAACUCCCAUAUCCUCUUCGUCUCUCUCUCUUUCACUUCUCAUAAAAACCUCUGUUUUUACAGUCUCUGUUUUCUAUGACUACGCAUUUAAAACCCACAGUCGACGCGCUUCUUUUCUCAUUCACUCUUACUCUUUCUCUUUCCUUCCGCACCAUCACAACACUGUUCUUUUUCCAUCUUUAAAUUCCCACUUCAAAAUUUUUCUCAGAAGGAAAGAAAACAGAGCAUUACAGAUUCAAGAAACAGAGGAGCUAAAAGGAAAGAAAAGAGAAAAGAAAACAGAAGUUCCUUGAUUUCUUGAUUUUUAUUAAUUCUUUCACUUUCUUUCUCUUUUCCUUGGGAUUUCCAACAUGGGUUCUUGUAAAAAUCAAGGACAAGAAAAUAUUUUGAUGAUGAAGAAGAAGCAAGUUUGGGUUAGCGGGCCUAUUAUAAUAGGUGCAGGACCAUCUGGUUUAGCAGUAGGAGCUUGCCUUUCUAAACAUGGAGUCACUUCUUUAAUUCUUGAAAAAAGCGACUGUAUUGCUUCUCUUUGGCAACAAAAAACAUAUGAUCGUUUAAAACUUCACCUUCCUAAAAACUUCUGUGAACUUCCACUUCUUGGUUUUCCUGAUAAUUUCCCCAAAUAUCCUUCCAAACACCAAUUCAUUUCCUACUUGGAAUCUUAUGCCUUACAUUUCUCAAUCCAACCAAAAUUCAAACAAGCCGUUUUAAAUGCAGAAUUUGAUAAUAUUUCCGGGCUUUGGAGAGUUCAUACCCAAGACUACGAAUACGUUUCCCGGUGGCUUAUUGUCGCCACCGGCGAAAAUGCAGAGCCAGUGAUACCAGAGAUUCUUGGAAUGGAAAAGUUUAACGGGCCUAUUAUACAUACUAGUGUUUAUAAGUCUGGUUCUGAUUUCAAGAAUCAAAAAAUCUUGGUUAUUGGAUGUGGCAAUUCUGGCAUGGAAGUUAGUUUAGACCUUUGUAGACACAAUGCACUUCCUCAUAUGGUUGUUAGAAAUACAGUGCAUGUACUACCUAGAGAAAUGUUUGGCAUGUCAACAUUUGGAAUUGCUAUGGCACUUUUAAAGUGGUUCCCUUUAAAACUAGUUGACAAGUUCUUAUUACUAGUUGCUAGUUUCACUCUAGGCAACACUGACCAAUUAGGUCUCCGGCGACCAAAAACCGGCCCAAUUGAGCUUAAAAAUGUCACCGGAAAGACUCCGGUCCUCGAUGUCGGUGCAUUAUCUCAAAUUAGAUCCGGCAAGAUUAAGGUGAUGGAAGGUGUGAAAGAGAUAACAAAAAGUGGAGUAAAAUUCAUGGAUGGACAAGAAAAGGAGUUUGAUUCUAUAAUUCUAGCAACUGGAUACAGAAGUAAUGUGCCAAGUUGGCUCAAGGGGUGUGAUUUUUUCACAAAAGAUGGUAUGCCCAAAACGCCGUUUCCUAACGGAUGGAAAGGAGAGAAUGGAUUGUACACAGUUGGGUUCACAAGGAGAGGUCUACAAGGAACCGCUUCUGACGCUGUUAAAAUUGCUCGAGAUAUAGCUGAUCAAUGGAGGACAAUCAAGGAUUGCAACAAAGCUUGUAAUUCCCAUGUUAUCCAACUUGGGAAAUGAUCAUAAGAACGAUGAUUAAAAAAAAUUAGUAAUAAGGGGUAAAUUGCAUAGGGUAGUUUUUUUUUUUUCCUUUUUUAACUUUGGGGAUUUUAUUUGUUCACCUAACCAGGCAGGACUAAUUCUAAAUUUUCCCUUUUCAUUUUCUUUCUUUCUUUCUUUCUUUUUCUCUUCUGGGUUCUUGUAAAUGCUCCAAUUUUGUAUGAAGGAUUAACUUCCACUUCUAAUAUAUCUUUCUUAGCUUCUGUACAAAAUAAUUUCAUGAA